CCUUCCUCCAUUUUUGUUAGCCAUUUCUCGAUCUAAGUCCUCCGAAUCCCCCCAACGAAUCCCCUUCCCCCAUGGACGCCACCGCCUCCGCUCCGUCGCAACCCCCGCCGCCGUCGCCACCGGCCCCGCCCGCCAAACACAUCUUCAUCCUCUCCGGCCAGAGCAACAUGGCCGGCCGCGGCGGCGUCACCCGCCACCACGGCUGGGACGGGGUCGUCCCCCCGGAGUGCCGCCCCGACCCGUCCUUCCUCCGCCUCACUGCCGCCCUCCGCUGGGAGGAGGCCCGGGAGCCCCUCCACCGCGACAUCGACACCCGGAAGACCUGCGGCGUCGGCCCGGGGAUGGCCUUCGCGAACGCGCUGAGGGAGCGCGGGGUCGGCGCGGGCGGCGCCGCGGUGGUGGUGGGCCUGGUGCCGUGCGCGGUGGGGGGCACGGCGAUCCGGGAGUGGGCGCGCGGGGAGCACCUGUACGAGAGCAUGGUGAGGAGGGCGAGGGAGAGCGUCAAGGACGGCGGCGGCGGCGGCGAGAUCAAGGCGCUGCUGUGGUACCAAGGCGAGAGCGACACGUCGGCGGAGCACGACGCGGAGGCGUACCGGGGGAGCAUGGAGGCGCUCAUCAAGAACGUGCGCGGCGACCUCGGCCUGCCCUCCCUUCCCGUCAUCCAGGUCGCAAUCGCGUCGGGGGACGGGAGGUACAUGGACAGAGUGAGACGGGCGCAGCUCGAAAUCAAUCUCCCGAACGUCGUGUGCGUCGACGCGAAGGGGCUGCCGCUCAAGGACGACCACCUUCACCUCACCACUCAAGCCCAGGUCCGCCUCGGCCGCAUGCUGGCCGACGCGUACCUCCAGCAUUUCGCACCGUAGGCCCCCUCGCCGUCCUCUUCUCCUUCGUUUGAGGACUUUCGCUUCGUCGCACGACUUGGGGGCAUGGAUUUUAUAGUCAUGUGUUGUGGUGUGGGAGAGACUAUUGAUAAGUUGCGUCGCCCCAUCCCUUGAAGUGGGUUGGGUCGGGUUUGAUGUCGGGAGCAGAUUUAAGCGUGCGGUUUAGGCACACGGCUUGUAUUUGAUUCGCCACGUGAUUAAGUGUAAGCAGUACUCCGAGCAUUUCUCAUUUCGCAAGAUUAGUUAAGUAGUUAGGGAUCGAAUUGAAACUUUGGCAGAUUUUAUUGGGCA